AUGAGCGCCGAACCAACAAACUCGGUCCAGGUUUUUGGCCGAAAGAAGUCCGCCACCGCUGUCGCCUACUGCAAGUCUGGCCAUGGCCUGAUCCACGUCAACGGGCGUCCCCUUGACCAGCUGCAGCCGCAGGUCCUCCGAUACAAGCUCCAGGAGCCCAUCCUUCUGCUCGGCCAGGACAAGUUCAACAUGGUUGACAUCCGCGUGCGAGUUCGCGGCGGUGGUCAUGUCGCCCAGAUCUACGCCAUUCGCCAGGCCAUCUCCAAGGGUCUCGUCGCCUACUACCAAAAGUUCAUCGAUGAGGCGAGCAAGAAGGAGAUCAAGGACAUUCUGAUCCAGUACGACCGAAGCCUGCUCGUCUCUGAUCCUCGACGAUGCGAGCCGAAGAAGUUCGGCGGCCCCGGUGCCCGUGCUCGCUACCAGAAAUCCUACCGAUAG